AAUUAUGGAUUAUAACAUAAACAUCAACAAAAUUUGUCGGGUGUGCCUAGAAGAAAAUGUAUUGACAUCUAUUUUCAAUACUGAGUUUGCUAUGAUUCCGGCCGAGAUGCUUAUGUUGUGUGCUAAAGUGAAGGUGUACAAAAACGAUGGUUUACCGCCGGUGAUAUGUAACAACUGCAUCUAUCGAUUAGGAGCUGCGUAUCAUUUUAAGCAACAAUGUGAAAAUUCCGAUUUGCGUCUCCGUUCAUACUUGGGGAUAUUGGACAAAGGAUACGGCGAGACACGGGAUUGUGAAACAAAUACCGAUCCAGAUCCAUAUUUCAAAAGUGCCAUCGAUGGAACGGUGGAUAAAUUAGCCAAGUCAUCAAAGCGAUAUCGAAAUCGAUACAAAAAGAAGUUACCAGAAGAGCGAAAGAAACGAGGGCCAAAACCCACACCAAAAGUACCACAAACAUGCUACGAAUGCCAUAAGACUUUCAAGAGUGCAGCUCAGCUAACGAUUCAUAUUCGUACUCACACAGGCGAAAAGCCCUAUAUAUGUCCGUAUAAUACGUCCGUAAUUAAUACAUGUACGAGACGGUUUGCGCAAAAGCAUAAUUUGGAGAUUCAUAUCAGAACUCAUACGGGUGAGAAGCCUCUACAAUGUGAAAUUUGUUCCAAGCAAUUCGCUGCAUUGGGAAAUUUCCAAGCCCACAAAAAGAUUCACAGUGGUAUUCGCGAUCAGAUUUGCCCGGUGUGCAACAAAGGCUUCUUGACAUCAGGAGAUUUAUCGCGUCAUAUGGCAACGCACACGGGAAUCAAAAAUCACCAUUGCGACAUUUGCGGGAAAAGCUUCACACGAAACCGUGAUAUGGUAGCACAUAAAAAGAAGUUGCAUUUGAUGAACGACCGAUCCGCACACGAAACGUACAAAUGCCGAGAAUGUCAUAAAGUAUUCGCCACCGCUAUAAGUCUAAGCACACAUUUUCGCAUCCAUACGAAUUCAAUAUCAGCGAUGCCACCACCAAUGAUGCCAACCACCCCAAUCGCACCGAUUGCAAGUCACAUCGGUGGUUCAUUUGGACUGGGUCCACCGCAUGCUCCAGGUCUAAUGCUCGGCCAUACACAUCACCAAGGAACAAUCAGCAUGAUGCAUCACACACAUACUCAACGACUGCACCCAUAUUAGGUUGCAACUAUUUUCAGUAUUAUUUUACCUUCUUUUUACAAUUUUUUUUUUUACUUUUAUUUAUAAAUAAUUUAUUCCAUUAAUAAAAUCUCGGUAUUCAUUUUGCUAAUACAUC